AGGGAAAACGACGAGGCGCUGGAAUAUGCGUGUGACGCGUUGAAAAAUAAUCGGAAUUUUUGGCGCGAGCUUUACGGAUGAACGAAGGCAUGGCUCUGCAAUAUGCGUCAGCCUAGUUGAGAAAUGACCCCAUCAUCAUCACUUUCAAAAACCCCGUUUUUUGAAUUUGAGCUAGGUAGAUGUUCACCAUUUGGCUACGGGAAGUAGAAAACAGAUGUCACCUCGUUGUUGACCUAAAAAGAUCGAAGUACCUUGAACCGCCUCUGGGAAUGAUCCGACUACUACUACGAAAGAGCUGCAUGGUAAAAAAAAUCAGGUAUCAUGGCUGGCUCAGGUAAGCCCACCGGUCGUAAAUUUUUAUCUGCUCGUGACAUUUGUCCUUGGUUUCUAGUUGCGUUGUUUUUAUUUGUAGUCUCGACUGCUCGGCGUAUAGUGUCAGUGUGCUCGAUCCUUCUUUGCUGCGAUCCUGCGUCACUGUAUUUUUUCGAUCUUGGUCUGAAGUCAAAACUAUGCUCAAUUCCGGCGUAGGACGUUAGAACUAGCCUCUUUGGACUCUUUCGAGAUCGUCCUCUGGGGUCGAGUCUCGACCGUGACUUGGUAGAUCACACAUGAGACACAUGACAUGACAAGUAAGCUUCCUUCAGAGCAACCGCUACUUGGUUCUCCUGAACACGGAACAAUUGAGAUGAUCAUCAUGAUGCAUACGAGUAAGGAGGUAAGUACACUAUCCACCCCAAGGGCAUGAGGCGUGCCAUUGUACUCACCCACAAGAAAAUACUACAGGGAAGUUGCGAUAUAAGGGUGCUUUCUUCUGAAGUUCAACGUCUAGUACAACAAGAAUACCAUGAGAUCACUUACCGCCUGGGUUUACCACUUUCAAUAAAAAUAAGGUUAAGACUUGGGUCCCAUCUUUGUACUCAGAUGUAUGGCGCUGGUGAGCACCUACUUUGGUCGUCUAACUCGUCUAAGCAUGUUAACCUUAACGAUAACGAUGGUCCUCUGAAUUGAAGGAUCCACAAUCAUUUGUAUCCGGUUGAGGAGCAG